AAAGGUCAUAAUGGUACCUAAUUUCAAGAAAAUUAAGGCUUUCGGCCACAAGAAGGAGAAAACCCCAUCCAACUACAUCGACACUGCACUAGAUGGGUCGUCCACAGAACAAGACCUGGAGGCGGGUAGCUUCUUGACUGAGACUGAAAGGAAUAAUAUUGUUGACAAGAACAAUCACGGCGACAACCCGUACUUGGAUGAGUACAAAGCUUUGAUUCGUUAUGUCGACACAUACAGAGAUCCGCAUGCGGAAGCGGGGGAGGAGGACUUCUCCCAGCAAGAACAGGGGAGGCCAUGGUGGGCAUUCUGGAGAGGUGGCAAGAGCGGCUAUGCUCGCGCGUCUCUGAGUGACUUCGAGACGCCGAGCGACUGGUUGAACACAGACAUCAAAGAGGGUCUCUCGUCGAUGGAAGUUGAGAGAAGACGGAAAUAUUCUGGGUGGAACGAGCUGUCGACCGAGAAGGAGAACAUGUUGAUCAAGUUUAUUGGGUUCUUCCGUGGCCCUGUCCUAUAUGUCAUGGAGGUUGCUGUUAUUAUUGCGCUGGCUAUUGAAGAUUGGCUUGACGGCGGUAUCAUUAUCGGUAUCCUGCUACUGAACGCGAUCGUCGGUUGGUAUCAGGAAAAGCAAGCUGCCGAUGUUGUCGCCAGUCUGAAGGGAGAUAUUGCUAUGAAGGCACGUGUCGUCCGCGACGGCCAGGAGAAGGAAAUCAAAGCCAGGGAGCUAGUACCGGGUGACAUUAUUAUCAUUGAAGAAGGCCAUGUUGUUGCAGGUGACGCUCGUCUUAUCUGCGAAUAUGAUAACCCUCAUGGCCAGGCCGAAUACAAUGCGGAACUUUCAGCUCAAGAUGUCACAUCACCACGUCGGGAGAAGUUUGAAGAAGACGAGGGGACUCCUCAUGUGGGCCAUGCAAUCGUUGCUAUCGACCAAAGUGCCAUUACUGGUGAAUCCCUUGCUGUUGACAAGUACAUGACUGAUACUGUUUACUACACUACUGGUUGCAAGCGUGGCAAGGCAUACGGCGUGGUCACCUCUGGUGCUCAAGCUUCGUUCGUGGGAAAAACUGCUAGCCUGGUUCAAGGAGCUAAGGACUCUGGACACUUCAAAGCUAUCAUGGACUCGAUCGGUACUACACUACUUGUUUUGGUCGUCUUCUGGAUUCUCGUUUCCUGGAUUGGUGGAUUUUACCGCAACCUCCACAUUGUCGAAUCGGAGGAGAGCUCAAACAACUUGCUGACGUAUGCAUUGAUUUUACUUAUCAUUGGUGUUCCCGUUGGUUUACCAGUUGUUACUACCACCACUUUGGCUGUUGGCGCUGCCUACCUUGCUAAGGAAAAGGCCAUCGUGCAGAAGUUGACGGCUAUCGAGUCGCUUGCUGGCGUUGACAUUCUCUGCUCCGACAAAACUGGUACUCUUACUGCUAAUCAGCUUUCCGUCCGAGAACCCUUCGUUAUGGAUGGUGUCGACAUCAACUGGAUGAUGGCUGUUGCUGCUCUAGCUUCGUCUCACAACAUCAAAGCCCUCGACCCUAUUGACAAAAUCACUGUCCUUACCCUUAAGCGUUACCCCAAGGCCAAGGAGAUGAUCAGCGAGGGCUGGAAGACCGAGAAGUUUACUCCCUUCGACCCCGUUUCCAAGAGGAUUACUGCUGUUUGCACUCACAAAGGUGUCCGGUACACAUGUGCUAAGGGAGCACCCAAGGCUGUUUUGGCAUUGACGAACUGCAGCGAAGAGCAAACUGCCCUGUUUAAGGAGAAGGCCACUGAAUUUGCUCGCCGCGGCUUCCGUUCUCUCGCUGUUGCUGUUCAGGAGGAAGAUGGCCCGUGGGAAAUGCUCGGCAUGAUCUCUCUUUUCGAUCCUCCUCGUUCUGACACUGCCCAAACCAUUGCUGAGGCUCAGGCUCUUGGUCUUUCGGUUAAGAUGCUUACUGGUGACGCUAUUGCUAUUGCUAAAGAGACUUGCCGUAUGCUUGCUCUAGGCACUAAAGUCUACAACUCUGACAAGCUACUCCACAGUGAUAUGGCUGGUACCGCGAUCCACGAUCUUUGUGAGAGAGCCGACGGAUUUGCUGAGGUCUUCCCCGAGCAUAAAUACCAGGUAGUUGAGAUGCUUCAACAACGUGGUCAUUUGACUGCUAUGACUGGUGACGGUGUCAAUGACGCUCCUUCCCUCAAGAAAUCUGACUGUGGUAUCGCUGUUGAAGGGGCUACUGAGGCUGCCCAGGCCGCUGCUGACAUUGUGUUCCUGGCGCCUGGUCUUAGCACCAUUGUCUCUGCCAUCAAGAUCUCCCGCCAGAUUUUCCAGCGCAUGAAGGCCUACAUUCAAUACCGGAUUGCUCUCUGCCUACAUCUCGAAAUCUACUUGGUUACGACUAUGCUCAUUAUCAACGAGACUAUCCGUGCGGAUUUGAUUGUCUUCUUGGCUCUAUUUGCUGAUUUGGCUACAAUUGCUGUUGCUUACGAUACUGCUCACUACGAAAAGCGACCUGUGGAGUGGCAGCUCCCUAAGAUCUGGAUCAUCAGUGUUGUCCUCGGUGCUCUACUUGCUCUCGGUACCUGGAUUCUCCGUGGCACGCUUUGGCUCCCUGAUGGCGUUAUCCAGGAAUACGGUGGCGUACAAGAAAUUAUCUUCCUGCAGGUAUCGCUCACGGAGAACUGGCUUAUCUUCGUCACACGCGGCUUUGAGACAUAUCCUUCGUGGCAGCUAGUCAGCGCGAUCUUCGGCGUCGACAUCCUUGCGUCUCUCUUCGCUGGCUUCGGCUGGUUCUCGGGCGGCCUGGGUGAACCCUCUAGCCCAGCGACGCUGUCCGCCAAGCUGUCUGAGAACGGCGCUACGGAUAUCUUGACUAUUGUUGUCGUCUGGAUUUACUCGAUUGCAUGUGUGAUCGUCAUCGCUAUCAUCUACCAGAUGAUGACUCGCAUGCAAAGUCUCAACGACCUCGGCCGGAAGAAGAGAUCGGCCCAGGAUACGAUGAUGGAGAACAUCCUUACACAUCUAAGUAAGGUUGCGCUGGAGCACGAGCGGGAUGAAAAGGGUGGUGACCGCUUUUACAUUGCUCAGAAGCAAGUGGUCGAGGAGGAAGAAUAAAAAGGGUUAAUUAAUGUAUGAUUAUAAUAAGUAUCUUGGGGUUUUAGUGCGAUUGAUACCAAACCAGUCUUGACUAGAGGAAAUUCAAAUGAAGAUUCCUUUUUAUCUGUUACAAUUGUUUUUUUUUUAUCUGGCGGUCUGGCGUCUGUAGCUGUUUUUGAUCAAAGCGAUGCAUCUUACCCCUGAUUCUUCGAUGUUUUGUGGAAUCAAUAAGAUACUUAGCUGGAACCGGAGUUGCUUGUAAUUAUGAACAUGUGGCUUUGAAGAAAGAAAAAAGAGGUGUGUAGUAGUAAGUAGUAAGUCCGUACAGAUUCUAUCUAACUCCUAUCCCC